AUGACUUCAAUAACACGUAAAGUUAUUUCAACAAUUACAACAGCUUAUAGAAAUAUCAAUCCGUCUACACUUAAUGGUGCAAUUGAUAUUAUUGUUGUCCAACAAGAAGAUGGAACACUUCGUUGUACACCAUUUCAUGUUCGUUUUGGAAAAUUAGGUGUUUUACAAAGUUUACAACAUAAAGUUUACAUAACGAUAAAUGAUGUUCUUGUUGACGAUUUAUAUAUGCAAUUAGGUGAAGCUGUCUUCGUUGAAGAAAAUGAAAAUACACCUGUGAUUCAACCUAUUCGUCAUAUCGAACCAUCAAAUACAAAUACAUUUCUUGAUCCUGAUAAUGUAUUACCAUCAUCAACAGAUGUCAAUUCACAUAAACAUUUAUCGAAUAUUGAUUGUUCACCACAAAUAAUAAAUAAACAACUUGAUAAAAAAGAAUCAAAUGAAACUGAUUCAUCAAAUGAAAAUAAUAUCUUUGAACAAGAUUCAAAACCAACAAUAAAUAUUGAUGUACUUCAUUCCAAUACAUUUCUAUCUACACGUCGUCGUCCAAAACGACGAUUAUUUAAUCGUAUAGAUCAAUUUAAUAAACAAGCAAGUGAAGAUGAUGAUCAAGAUGUAUUUAAUCAAUUUUCUUCAUUAAAACGUCGUUCACGUGCACGUAAACGUGAAUCAAUACCAAUACCAAUAAAUACAAAUAUAAAUUCAUUAGCAUCUUCAACUAAUAAUGAAACACUUUCUAGGUCAAUAAAACUUUUACGUAAACGUAGUGCUAGUGAAAAUGAUUUACCAUUAUUUCAAUUUGAUCCUGAAUUAAGAGCAUUUAUUGAUGAACCAAAUCGUCUUCAGAGUAUUGAUAAUCGACCCAAAACACUUGAUUUAAAUAUCACAAAUUAUAAUGAAGAAAAUUUUACGAUUCAAAAUUUAGAUAAUAUUGAUCAAAAAUUAAUAAGAACAUCAUCAAAUCCAAUGGAAAUCGAACAAAAAUAUGAACCAACAAAAUCUAUUGAACAAUCAGAUAUAUUAGAUAAUUCAGUUUUAUCGAAGUCAGCACCAUCCGAUACAAUCAAUACAAAUAAUCUUCGUAUAAGUCAAUCAGAAGAUCGUACAGAUGAUUUCUAUAGACAUGAAGAAUAUUCACCAACGUCACCUUAUGAAAAUGUUCUAUCUCCACGACCAACUAGUCCAAAAUCAGAUACUGAAUAUGAAUUAGAUAAACCUUCACAACAAUCAUCAAAUGUUCGUUGGCAAUGGAAAUGGGGUGAAUUACCUGAACAACGACAAAGUGUUUUUCGAUAUUUAUGGCCAUCAUCAAAAAAGAGUGCACCAAAAGAAGGUAUAUAUCUUGAUGAAAUUACAAAUAAUCAAUCUGUUGAUAAAUCACUCUAUUUACCUCAAUUAGAUUAUCAUCAAAAUCAACAACGAACAACUAAUGAUGAUGAUCAAGAAUCAGGAACAGGAAAUUCAAUACCACAAUCACCAUUUCGAGAACAUGAAGCAUCUCAAUUAUAUUUAUAA